AGAAAACUUUCGUGUUCGAAAUAAAUCAAUUUUAAUUUCAUUAAUCCCUUGAGGACGCUAAACUUGCUAUACCUUUAUGUUACAAAGCAAGACUUUACAGAAAGCGACUCAACCUAGGUCUACUAACUCUAGCCCAAUAGCUGCUAUGAGUAAGGCGACAGCUGCAUGCGCACCAGUAGCGAAAGCUUACGGUACGUGUGUAGCGUCAUCCUAUGAGGACAUUACAAGGGGUGCCUGUCAAUCAGAGUUCGAGGCUUUCAAGAAUUGCGUCACUAAAACUAUGGGAAGAAAAUGGUAAAUCUUAAUAAUAUUCAAUGCAUUUUUGUAUUUUUACUUAAUUUGUAUAUACACACAUAUAUAUGUCAAUAAAA